CCUGACAGAGCAGGGAAACGCGAUUUGCCAAAGUCCAUUUUCCAGAUACUGAGAGGGCAGAAUGGCUCAAUAAGACUGUCAAACAGAUGUGGCCUUUUAUUUGCCAAUUCAUUGAGAAACUCUUUCGGGAGACAAUAGAACCAGCAGUAAGAGGCGCAAACAACCACCUUAGUACCUUCAGUUUUACAAAGAUUGAUAUUGGUCAUCAGCCUCUGAGGAUAAAUGGUGUAAAAGUGUACACUGAAAACGUGGACAAAAGGCAGAUCAUUUUGGAUCUUCAGAUCAGUUUUGUUGGCAAUUGUGAAAUUGACUUGGAGAUCAAGAGAUACUUCUGCAGAGCUGGUGUGAAAAGUAUACAGAUCCACGGUACUAUGAGGGUUAUCCUGGAACCACUGAUUGGAGACAUGCCCCUAAUUGGAGCACUAUCCCUUUUUUUCCUUAGGAAACCUCUUUUGGAAAUUAACUGGACUGGACUGACCAAUCUUCUGGAUGUUCCAGGGCUGAAUGGCUUAUCGGACACAAUAAUAUUGGAUAUAAUUUCCAACUACCUGGUUCUUCCAAAUAGAAUUACAGUCCCCCUUGUCAGUGAAGUGCAGCUUGCGCAGUUGCGGUUUCCUGUACCAAAGGGUGUUCUAAGGAUACACUUCAUUGAAGCUCAGGAUCUGGAGGGGAAAGAUACUUACUUAAAAGGGAUUGUCAAAGGAAAGUCGGAUCCUUAUGGAAUCAUCCGUGUGGGCAACCAGAUUUUCCAAAGCAAGGUCAUCAAAGAAAAUCUCAAUCCAAAGUGGAAUGAAGUUUAUGAGGCUUUAGUAUAUGAACAUCCAGGACAAGAGCUAGAGAUUGAGCUUUUUGAUGAAGAUCCAGACAAAGAUGACUUCCUGGGAAGUCUGAUGAUAGAUUUAAUUGAAGUUGAGAAGGAGCGUCUUUUGGAUGAGUGGUUUACUUUGGAUGAAGUGUCCAAAGGAAAAUUGCAUUUAAAACUGGAAUGGCUCACAUUGAUGCCAACUGCUGAAAAUCUAGACAAGGUUUUAACAAGCAUUAGAGCUGAUAAAGACCAAGCCAAUGAUGGGCUUUCUUCUGCAUUGCUUAUUCUGUAUUUGGACUCGGCAAGAAACCUGCCCAGUAUCUACGAGGGAAACUUUGGGUGUGGAUACUUAAAAGAGAGGAGAGCAUCGGGACUAGUCUUUUGUGAAAACACUACCUCACUGUAUAGAGCACUAUUUCAUAAUCCAUUAGAAUUUAACCCUGAUGGCUUGAAGAAGGCUGCUGUUCAGAAAGCCCUAAAGUCAGGAAAGAAAAUAAACAGCAAUCCCAACCCUCUUGUUUUGCUGUCAGUUGGACACAAGGCACAGGAAAGUAAGAUUCGAUACAAGACCAAUGAACCAGUGUGGGAGGAAAACUUUACUUUCUUUGUACACAAUCCCAAAAGACAAGAUCUUGAAGUUGAGGUCAGGGAUGAACAGCACCAGUGCUCUUUGGGGAACUUCAAACUGCCUCUAAGCCAGCUGUUGGAGAGUGAAGAUUUAACCAUGCAUCAGCGGUUCCACCUGAGCAACUCUGGUCCAAAUAGCACUAUAAACAUGAAGAUUGCACUCAGGGUACUUUCUCUUGAAAAGCAAGCAAGAUCUCCAGAUCAUCAACACUCAGCCCAAGUGAAAAGGCCAUCUCUUUCCAAAGAUGCAAGAAAACCUUCUUUUAAGCCUCAAGUACCUGUCUCACCACCAGCUGAUUCAAACAAACCUGUCCCGGCUUCCCCAGUGAUUGACAGCGAUAAAAAGACUGAUAUGGCUGAAAAAAGUCAGCAUCCCAAUGCCAGUCCUCAGUGGCCAACAGAUCUCAGCCGAAGUUCCUCAAGUCUUCAUGCCUCUAAUUUCACUUAUUCUCCUAGCCACCUCUCAGUCAAAGAACCAACUCCUAGCAUAGCCUCAGACAUAUCGCUGCCUAUUGCCACACAGGAGCUGCGGCAAAGACUACGACAGCUUGAAAAUGGAACAACUCUGGGGCAGUCUCCGUUAGGACAGAUUCAGCUAACAAUUCGUCAUAGUUCACAAAGAAACAAACUAAUCGUGGUAGUGCAUUCUUGCAGAAAUCUAAUAGCCUUUUCAGAAGAAGGAUCUGAUCCUUAUGUUCGAAUGUAUUUACUGCCUGACAAGAGAAGAUCAGGAAGAAGAAAAACACAUGUAUCCAAGAAGACAUUAAACCCGGUGUUUGAUCAAAUAUUUGAUUUCAGUGUUUCCCUGCCUGAAGUACAGCGAAGAACACUAGAUGUAGCAGUGAAGAACAGUGGUGGUUUCUUGUCCAAAGACAAAGGGCUACUUGGCAAAUUACUGAUACCUCUGGCAUCUGAAGAACUUGCUAAAGGCUGGACCCAGUGGUAUGAUUUAACAGAAGAUGGCACCAAGCCACAUGGUGCAAGCUAGGCUCCUGGAUACUGGGAAUCUGCCACACACAUUUUUGCCAACCUUUAUAUAUUUUUAAAGCAUUGCUCCCACAGAUGUACCAAUAUUAUUUUUAUAGCUUCACUGAUUUAGUUCUUAGACACAUCCCCAAUAAUUUUAUAACACUCGUUCAUUUUAUGUAGACGUAGCCUUUCGCGUCCUUAAACUUUGUAUUUUAAUUUGCUAAACAAUUUUAUGUGUUACUGUAAUGUGCAAUAGUACAGUAAAGUAACCUUUUAUGUUUAAAAUGAUCUUUAUGGCAGUUGUACCUAAUAGAAAGUGAAAAGAGGAUGUUCUGCUGUUUUUCCUGCCUUGUUUUAUAUAUCACCAAGGUAUACUGUACCAUGUAAAUACAUACUAUUUUUUUAUAAUUCUUCCAUACUGGCUUGAAUUCAGAAGAAAUUAGAUAAAGGAUAUAGAUAUUUUCUUCUACGUGCAUGUUAAUUUCAUUAGAUGAAUCUCUUUUGUCUUUGCGGCACAAUGAUCUUAAUGUUAUUCUUUUUGUAAUAUUCUUCAAAAACAAACUGCAAAAGGCAUUAUUGCUUUGGUGUGUUUCUGGCCUAGUAUGGCUAGUUUAAAAUGUACAAAACAUUAAAAUUUUAAUAUUUAUGUAUAAAUGUAUUAUUGGAAAAUCAUGCUAUAGAAUAUUAUAAACAAAAAUAAGAAUUCUAUAAGUAAUGUAUAAAGAGAGGAUGAGGUCCAUGAAUCAAUUUAUUAAUCUGGGUUUUCAUUUGGUGGAGGAGGCAUAACAGUGCAGAGUUUUAUUAUACAGGUUCUCUUGUUUUUUGUUAUUUAUUCCCAUACUCUAUAGUACUAGACAUGUGAUCUUCUGAACUUAUGAGUACAUGGAUUUUUCUAUACUAUAAACAAAAUCUUUAACUUAGAACUGUCCUUACCUGCCUUGUUUCAUUGAUUUAUAAGGUAUACAAAUUAGCUUGCAGUGUAGUUUCAUACAGUAGGCAUAAGUACAGGGCAUAUGUUAUUUUUAUUAUAUUAUUAAAUACUAUGCUAAAUAGAAUAUUAUAACUUCUGUAGUACUAAAGUGGAACACCAAUAGGUAAUAAAGCGUAAAACUGAGUUAGAACUAACUGUCUUUACAGUUCCUUCAUUGCUACUUAGUGUGUUUGGUGCAUAAAAAAAUGCACUUCAGUGAUCCAGACAGGUUUCCUGAGAAGUACUGGCAUUCUGCUGAAGCGUUGCCAUGGUCUGCUGCGCGGCCAGCAGUCAUACAGUUAGCACAUACUGAUAUGAAUUGCCAGUUGAGAGUUGAGAAAGUACCAACCUAAAUAGUUGAGCUCUCAACUCUAAUGUUACGAAUUACGGGGAAACUUUUGUAUCCAGAUCUGAUUUUUCUUUCUCGUAAGCUUUCUCAGACUGUUAUAAAAAUGUGCAUUAUGAAUCCAAGAGAACAGUUCAGCUCUUUCCGAGCUGAUAGCCUCAACCCUGGAUAAGUAUGCAAUUAGACAGACAAAGUAUAUUAUUUAGCUAAGAUUCUAGAAUGAUCUCUCAGCCAAGAAAGAAUUUUUAAAGCAGAAUAAUAAACUCCUGAGACUAGCUUUAUUGUAAAAUUACUGACAGAACCUUAAUUCUAGAUGUAGAAUAUGCCUACAUUACUAGAUGUACCAAAGUGCCUACCAUAGACGUAGCUUUGUCUUUUUCAAGUUUAAGAAUUGACUCAUUAUUCAUUUCAGUUGGUUUAAAUUCAGUUUAACCUGAGCAUUUGUUGCACAGAUGUGUGCUCACACACACACACACACACCUCUAUACAGUGGUAGCCUUCUUAUUGCCACAUUUUAUACAAGACAAUUUUAGCAAACAAACUUUCAUGGCGAAUUCUGCUGGGUUAGUGUCUGAUGGACUGGGCAAUAUAGAGAGGUUCUUUGUAUCAGUAAGAAAACUUAUUUCCAUUUGAAGGCUUCGCUGUAUAUUGGAAUGUAUGUGUAUCUAUAUAUACAUACUCAUCUGUUCACAUAAAAUGUAGUGUACCAUGAAAUAUAAUUUUUUUUGUUAGUUCUCCGUUAAAAGAAAUUAGGAAAUUGCUAACUAAGAGAAUUACUGUUAAUGUAAUGAAGAUGCAGAAAGCUAAAGGUGAUGUAAAUAAAGGAGGUGUAGUUCAGCAUAAUUGUCUUUUGCCUCAGUUCAGCCAUAGGUGGAAGGACUUUUGCUGUAUAUCUUGGCCAGUGACUCCCAAGAGUGUCAUCCCUAGCCAGCAAAUAAGCUGUUAGCCUGAUUCAGUGUUUCAAGUCUUAAGUGAACUCUGGGGUCAGAAAAUGUUAAAGACUCUGCACUUGAAUACAAAAAAACCGCGUAUUUCCUCUUUGAAAGUCUCCAGAGGAAAAAAAAACCCACUGUGUCAGGUAAACGUGAGAUGGUAGUACAAAGUGAGCAACUGAAUACAUAGGGCAAGUUUUCAAAAUAGCUCAGCACCUAAAAUUAGGGAUAGAUUCUUAAGAGUGCCCAGUACCCAUUUAGGAAUCUAAAAUGAAGAAACUGGAUUUUCAUUGGAAUUCAGCAACAGCAAUUCCUACUGGAAAUAAUAAGCCCUGUAUGCCAAACUCUAGAAAUUUUCUCCUCAGUGAAUUUGGAUCAGAGUAAGACUGCCUAGAUGAGACUCCUUCUGCUCUUUAUAGUGUAACCAAAUCUCUGUAUCAUAGUUACCGAGUCCUGAGUGUUCUGUUUAUACGGAAGUAGCAAGGAAAAACGUAUUUCCUCUGGGUGAAAAUCUGCACCUCAUUAUCAAGUCAAUGUAUUGAUUAUCAGCUGAUAGCUUUUCAUGUAGUUCUUGUUUAUCCUGUGCCUUAAAAUAUGAAAAUAUGAAGAUGUUUAAGAAAUGGCUAAAAAUAAGAUUUGUUACCUGUAUGUACCAACACAUGUUCUCUACUAUUGAAACUGUUUAUAAAAUUACUCUGCUCCACUGACAGGAAAAUCAGCUCUCUUAAUUAUAGCAGUGGUAUAACCCAAACUCAAAUCAGCAUGCAUAUCGCUUGGAUUUGGAUUAAAAGAAUUUUAAUUUUCUGUCUUAAAUCCUUUAUCAGAGCUGCAGAAAAUGGUGGGAGUUGGAAUGAGAACAAAGGGUAAUCAAUUUUGUACAGAUUGCCUUUUUUGCUCAUGUAAUUCUACAUUAUGAUGCAUGUAUUUAUUCAAUAAAUGGUUCAUAUGGAA